AACACAGCAUAUAACACAUAUCAUGAGUCUCUCUUUCCAUGAUCCAUGCAUAAGUUUGUACAAACAAUACUGACCAGCAAUGACUGAUUAGCAUUUAGUCAGUACUCCUAUCGAAGUGGUCAAUCCCAAGAAGGGGAUAAGAAAAAAAAAAGAGUCCUCUCUGUUUGUGCGUUGCUGAGGAUUUUUGGUCGGCUGAGCCCUGAGAGGAUGAGCGGGAGCGGAAGAAUGAUGAGCAGGUAUUAUCCAUUCACAGAGGCACAGUGGCAAGAGCUAGAGACACAAGCCCUUGUCUACAAAUACAUGGUGUCAGGACUCCAAGUCCCACCUGAGCUCAUCUUCAGUGUUAGAAGGAGCUUGGACUCCAACUCCUCCUCACUCUCCUUUGGCCCAUUCCCUCCUCAUCAAAUGGGUGGAUGGGGUGAGUUCCAGGUGGGUUAUGGCAGGAAAGCAGACCCUGAGCCAGGGAGGUGCAGAAGAACAGAUGGUAAGAAAUGGAGGUGCUCCAAGGAGGCCUACCCUGACUCCAAGUACUGUGAGAAGCACAUGCACCGAGGCAAGCACCGUUCAAGAAAGCAUGUGGAACCACAGCAACCGCCGCCAGCCUUGUCGAUCGGCGCCACCGCUUGUCCACCAACUUCUUCAUGCGUUGUCUCAGCUAGCGGUGAACAUGAACACCACCACCCAACACUCCAUCCCUUCCUGACUACUUCUUCUUCUUCCUCCUCCUCCACUAGGCCUCCUCCAGAUGCUGUUCCAUUCCCUCAUCCAUAUGAAGCAAGCAGCCACCACCUUCAGCACAACUAUGUGCUGAAUCCUGGGUCAUACUCUCAGAGUCAUAAAGAUGGCAGGUAUUAUAUGCAUGGGAAGCUCAGUGAAGUGGACUAUGAGAGAUCUUUCUUCCCAGAGGCUUCAGGUGCAGAAACAAAUUACUCUCAAGCUCAUGAUCCGUAUCAGGGGCCGAUCCAAUUCUCUUCACAGCCACAGGACCACAGAGAAAGUCACUCCUUUGUUCUGGGUCCUGAUUACAAAUCAGCUGAGCCAAUCAAGCCAGAGAAGGAAGACCAACCCCACAAGCCAUUACACCACUUCUUUGGGAAAUGAAUGAUCUUCUGUGCAAGUUGCUCUAGUCUCACUGACGGGGGUGACAUGGAACGGAGGAACGCAACAGUAGGUGAUGAAUUCAAUUCCUGCUGAAAAGAGGUAGGGUCCCAUAGCAGAAGGAGGAUUUGAAGUUUUGUUCUCACUUUUAUAUUUAUUUUGCUUUCAUUGCACUUUCUCUUUCCCCUGUGAGCAAACAUGUCUCAGAUUUGCAAGGCUUGUUUCUUGACUGGAAGCAACAUUUGAAUAUGCUCCAUGAGGGACUUGUCCACUUUCUGUAAUCAAAGCACCACCUACUUUUUGCUCCUGCUGGUUCUCUUUUGGA